CAUUUGUUUAGAGAAGCCACAAUUGUACAAUUGCCUGUGUUACCUUAAAAAUCUGCUGAAUAUUUUUAAAAUGUCCUCUGCCAUGUAUCUGAUGUUUAGAAGUGAAUAUGAUUCACACCUAAAAACAAUUUUACUUCUACAUGUGGUUAAAAAUCUGUUUGAAAUAGUUCUAAACUUGUAGACUUCUCAUUAAUUUGUUUCCAUGAGGAUAUUGUGUACUAACUUAUCUGUCCUCUCUCUGCAGCAUCAGAAUAUUCAAAUGUCCUACAAGAAAUGGAACUUCCCAUCAUGGAUGACAGAGCAUGUAAUAUUGUGCUCAAGAGCAUGAACCUCCCUCCCCUGGGAAGGACCAUGCUGUGUGCCGGCUUCCCUGAUGGGGCAGUGAACGCCUGCCAGAGGGACGCUGGAGGACCACUGGUUUGUAGAAGAGGUGGUGGAAUCUGGAUUCUUGCUGGGAUAACUUCCUGGGUAGUCGGUUGUGCUGGAGAUUCAGCUCCUCUAAGAAAUAACCAUAUGAAGGCAUCACUUGUCAUUUUCUCCAAAGUGUCUGAGUUGAUGGAUUUUAUCACUCAGAACCUGUUCACAGGUUUGGAUCAGGGCCAACCCAUCUCAAAAGUGGGUCCGAGGUAUAUAACAAAGGCCCUGAGUUCUGUCCAAGAAGUGAACGGAAGCCAGAGAGGAGAGGAUUGUAAACCUCAGGGGACAGUGUUAUUUGGAGAAAAUGGGAAGAUUCGUUACCCCCAUUCCAAAGGAGAUUACUAUUGUCAUAAUUGCUUAUAUGUUUGGAAAAUAAUGGUACCAAAGGAUAUAAUAAUCCUGAUAAAAUUUACAAGUUUAGACAUGGAAAAGCCAGUUGGAUGUGAUCAUGACUAUGUAUCUUUACAAUCAGGCGAUGGAGUGCUUAUUAGUAAGAUCUGUGGAAAUAUAUUGCCCUUACCAUUGCUGACAGAGACCAGUGAGACCACGGUUCCAUUUGUUUCUGAUACAGAAGACAGUGGCCGUGGCCUUGAGCUUACCUUUACUGCCAUACAGAACUCAGAAGCAGGGUCAGGUUGUGGAAGUGUGGCUAUAUUGGUAGAAGGGACAAAUCACUCUGCCAAGUAUCCUGAUUUGUAUCCCAGUAACAUAAGGUGUCAGCAUUUCAUUCGUGCUCCAGAGAAACACAUUAUAAAGUUGACAUUUGAGGACUUUACUGUCAAACUUAGUCCAAACUGUAUUUAUGAUGCUGUUGUGAUUUAUGGUGAUUCUGAAGAAAAGCGCAAGUUCGCUAAACUUUGUGGAAUGUUGACCAUCACUUCAAUAUUCAGUGCUAGUAACAUGAUGGUGAUUUACUUUAAAAGUGAUGGUAAAAAUCGUUUGCAAGGCUUCAAGGCUAGAUUUACCGUUUUGCCCUCAGAGUCUUUAAACAAAAUUGAACCAACAUUACCUCCCCAAAACAAUCCUGUAUCUACUAUAAAAGCUAUUCUGCAUGAUGUCUGUGGCAUCCCUCCAUUUAGUCCCCAGUGGCUUUCCAGAAGAAUCGCAGGAGGGGAAGAAGCCUGCCCCCACUGCUGGCCAUGGCAGGUGGGUCUGAGGUUUCUAGGCGAUUACCAAUGUGGAGGUGCCAUCAUCAACCCAAUGUGGAUUCUGACCGCAGCCCACUGUGUGCAAUCGAAGAAUAAUCCACUCUCCUGGACCAUUAUUGCUGGGGACCAUGACAGAAACCUGAAGGAAUCAACAGAGCAGGUGAGAAGGGCCAAACACAUAAUGGCGCAUGAAGACUUUAACACACUUAGUUAUGACUCUGACAUUGCCCUAAUACAACUAAGCUCUCCUCUGGAGUACAGCUCGGCAGUGAGGCCGGUAUGUCUCCCACACAGCACAGAGCCUCCGUUUUCCUCAGAGAUCUGUGCUGUGACCGGAUGGGGAAGCAUCAGUGGAGAUGGUGGCUUAGCAAGUCGCCUACAGCAGAUUCAAGUGCAUGUGUUAGAAAGAGAGGUCUGUGAACACACUUACUAUUCGGCCCAUCCAGGAGGGAUCACAGAGAAGAUGAUCUGUGCUGGCUUUGCAGCAUCUGGAGAGAAAGAUUUCUGUCAGGGAGACUCUGGUGGGCCACUAGUAUGUAGACAUGAAAAUGGUCCCUUUGUCCUCUAUGGCAUUGUCAGCUGGGGAGCUGGCUGUGUCCAGCCAUGGAAGCCGGGUAUAUUUGCCAGAGUGAUGGUCUUCUUGGACUGGAUCCAAUCAAAAAUCAAUGGUCCUGCUUCACUUCAGACAAAUAAUACAUGCAAAACCUUAAAACAACAGUUGCUACCACCCACACCUUCGCCAGGCAGUGCAUCUUGGACAGGCUGUUGCUCUGAUGCAGAGCUAGAAAAGCCCAGAGGCUUUUUUCCCACUCCACAAUAUCCACUGGAUUAUAGAGGAAGACUGGAAUGUUCUUGGGUGCUCAGAGUUUCACCAAGCAGUAUGGCAAAAUUUACUGUUGAGUAUCUGUCACUCCUGGGGUCUCCUGUGUGUCAAGACUCAGUUCUAAUUAUUUAUGAAGAAAGACACAGUAAGAGGAAGAUGGCAGGUGGAUUACAUGGGAGAAGACUUUACUCAAUGACUUUCAUGAGUCCUGGACCACUGGUGAGGGUGACAUUCCAGUCCUUUGUUCAAGGUGCAUUUGGCAUAAGCUAUAUAGUCUUGAAAGUCCUAGGUCCAAAGGACAGUAAAAUAACCAGACUUUCCCAAAGUUCAAACACAGAGCACUUGGUCCCUUGUGAGGAUAUUCUUCUGACCAAGCCAGAAGAGAUCAUGCAGAUCCCAAGAAAUUCUCACAGAACUACUAUGAGGAGAAUGUUGAUGAGCACCAAGCUUUCUUGGUUCCUAAGCCAAUUCAGCACCAAGAAGACCACAGCUUCUUGUGGGGAGACUGUAGUAUCUAUGAAAAUGAUGUAUGCUUCUACCAUUCUUGCCUUACAGAACACCUGUUACCAUUCACUGCCUCAUGAGGUUGUUUUGAGAAUUAAAUAAGAGAAGACAUGUUAAUCAAUACUAAGAAACCAAACUUGUGUUUUGUUUAGAUUAGAAAUAUUUAUUCUGAUUCCUGUUCUUAAAAUUGUGCUGCUUGGAGGAAAAGUUUAGAUUGUCUCCCUAUUGCCUCUUCUAUGGGUGACAGGGCAAAAACAGAUUGGAAAAACAAAGAAAUAAAGAAGGGGACAGGGAAGGAAGAGUACAUUAGCAAUGUCAGUUAUCACUUGCAAUGUUAAUCAACUAUAUAUCUGUUCUUUACUUAGAACUAAUUCACAAAACAUACUAUUUUCUAUUUCCUUCUCCCCAAAAGUUUUAUGACUCUUUUUCAAUUUCUCUAAAUAGAGUUUACAAGCUCUGUGGUAUAGGUAAGGAAAAAAGUAUUUAUCUUCUACCCAUCUAUCCAGAGGAACAAAUCCUGUGAUCAGAAGUUUAGAACUUAUAGCCCAACCUCUGGGUAGGGGAGAGGGACUGGAAAUUGACUUAAUCAGCAAUUGUCAAUGAUGUGAUUGAUCAUUUCUAUGUAAUGAAGCCCUCAUAAAACCCCAAAAGGAGAGGUCAGAAAGUUGAGUUGGUGAACACACGGAGGGUGCUGGGAGGAUGGUGUACCCAGAAAGGACAGUGAAGCUCUGUGCCCAGACUCCAUAUCUUGCCAUAUACAUCUUUCAUUUGACUGUUCCUGAACUAUAUCAUUUGUAGUAAGUAGGUAAACACAAGUAAAGUGUUUCCCUGAA